AUGGGAAACGAUGCGUCGAAGCGCAAGCCAUUCAUUGGGACGACCAUCCAACGUAUUGGCAUCGAUGACGUAGCCGAGAGCGUCGCUAAAGCAGAGGAGGCCGCCAAAUCAACACCCCAGAAAGUCAUCGUGACCCUCUCUACUGGACAAGAGCUCACGAGGAACAACGUAUGCGAAAUCUUGCAGCAGCUCAUUGUCGAUCGAUCAAAGAUGGAAGUAGAAGCGGUGAAGCCGAAGAAAAAGGCCAAAGACAAGGCCAAGCUCGACUACGAGCGCUGCCUGAAGUACCUCGGCAAGGAGCUCGUCUUCAUCCUCAAGGACAAGGAGCUGCGGGACACCGUGCUCGACCUCAACCAAGAGGCCUUCGAGGCCCUGCUUAAGAGCGACGAGCUCGUGGUGCCCGACGAGUCCUACGUGCUGCUCAUGCUGGGCGCCUGGGCCGAACGGCGCGCCUACAACGAAGAGGAGAAGGACACCACCACGACGCCUCUGAGCGGCGGCGGCGGCCUGCAGCCACCCGUGAACGCCGUGAACAUGCGAGGCUCGGAUGGACUGUUCCAGGCGCUGGGCGAAGGCGCGGCCAAGCUCCUUGAUCCCAAGGCGUCGGACUGCGGCACGGCGACAGCUACGACGGAGGAGAAGACGGGGGAGGCGAAGGCGGAAGACGCCGCAGCAGCAGCACCGACGGACGAUGCGAAGGAGGCGCCGGGCAGCAGCAGCACCGAUGACGGAAGCGCGAAGACGGAAGCGCCGCCGGAGACGGCCCUCAGCAAAUCGGAGCAGGAGAAGCUCGAGGUCAACCUUCGCGGUACUGCGGGCCUCUAUGCCACCUUUGCCGGAGCCUACGUCAACAUGAUUUCCGAUGAAGAAAUGGCUCGAAAACUACAAAAUGAGGAAGAGGAGGAGGACAAGGUGCGAAGGAAGCUGAUGGAGGAGGAGGACGAGAAGUUGGCCCGAGCUCUACAGGACGGCGAGAUUGCUGACGGCGGCGCGCUGCCCUCCACGGUGGUCCAGGACCUAGCGGUAGAAGAGGAGGAAGACCUGGAGCCCAUUCCCGAAUUCAAAUUGACGCCGGAGUACAUUGAUCGUAUCAAGAAACACAUGCGACCGUUCGUCGAGCACAUCCGGUUCAGCAUGCUACCCCUGCCCAUCCUCAACACACUCGCCAACGAGAUGCUGGUGCCCACCAAAUACCUGACCGAGGCCUACAAGUACCACAUGCUGGCGUCGGCGAACCUAACGGACCUGAUGGAGAAGAACAACACCCGGUACAAGCGGAGGCGGCACGGCCAACACAUCCAGGUCAGUGGCGACGGCAAGGUCGCCAACAAGACCCAGGCCUCGUGGUACAGCAUUGCUUGCGCCUCGGAAGGCUUCCAACAUGGCAAGCACUUCUGGGCCAUCAAGGUGGACGGCGACGAGGCCUACAUCGGUGUCACCCAGAAGAGCAACACAGCCUUGGACAAUUAUUUGGGCGGCAAUGCGCAGUCGUGGGCGUUCAGGACGUCGUACAAGUAUUCGAACUCGCACGGCAACGGCCACUACGGCGACACGUUCGGGCGGGGCGACGUGAUCGGGGUGCUGCUCGACAUGGACUUGGGCAACGUGACCUACUUCAAGAACGGGAAGAACCUGGGCCUGUGCUUCACGGGCCUCCCGCGCAACGAGAAGCUCUACCCGGCCGUCGGCUGGCGCGCGGGCCACAUGACCCUCGUCGACAUCGACCCGGCGGCCUACCCCGGCGAGUUCAUCUCCACCCUCAUCGGCUGA